AUGGCUUUACCAAGGGCUUCAUCCACAACUACUGGUGAUCAGCCAUCAGAGCUUGUCAAAGAAAUCAGCGGAAUUCCUGAAGGCUAUCCCGCUACCGACUUGGUAAAAUACCUUCUCAAAAACAUCGCCCUGGAUAUCAGCAAAUUCAGACGACAUAUUCAAUCAUCUUUUGCGAUCGUUCGCAGAUCCCGAAACGUUUACGAUGCGCUUCAACCGCUCAUGAGUUCUGUGCAAACAGCACAGACUUCAGACUGGCGCGGCUUCGACAAAUAUACAGCAGCGAUCGGCCCUUUGGAAGAACUUCUCCUUGGGUUGACUAUCACUCCAGGCGAUGAUCCGCCUGGCAACCUUCCCCCUGAAACUGACAUCGCGAGUUGUAUCACCUUCAUCGAAAGAUGGGCUACUGACAGAGGAGCAAUCGUUUCCACCUUGAAAAAAUUUGGCAGCGACCACUUGAAGACUUUGUCAGAACAUCCGAGAGGCAACUUGGGAGUGGCAAUCGAAGAAGCCCUUAGGAUAGAUGACGUUGCCGCUUUAAACGCUCUCUGCUCAUAUAUCAAAAAGCAGGCAUUGAUGGACCAUUACAUGUCACCAAGGCAAGGACAAGCACUUUCCAAACACAAAUCCGCGGGACGUUUCGGACGUCAGGGAGCUGGUUGCCUCAAUACAAAUCAAGCUGAUUGUAAUUGGCAACCCUCAGACGAAGAGCGAAUGGGUAGAGCACCUAACCGCGGCCAAUAUAUGGGUGGAAAUGAAGAGGUAUACUCAAUGACUGCAUCGCCUCAGUAA